CAGAGUUUGCCAUUUUUCUCGUCACAGAAAUAUUCCUUCUUCUUACAGCAUAAUGGCAAAGCAAUUGGGAGGUAUUACCAAUGUUCCAUGCCCAAACAGCCUCGAGUUUGAAGAUCUUGCUUGUUUUGCUAUCCAAGAUUAUAAUCACAAACAUCCUGACAGUAAUGGUCUUUUGGAGUUUGGAAAAGUAUUGAAUGUGAAGGAACAAAUAGUUGAUGGAAUAAUGUACUAUAUAACACUUGAAGCUACUGAAAAUGGAAAGAAGAAAGAAUAUGAAGCCAAGAUUUGGGUGAAGAAAUGGGAGGACUUCAAAAAGGUUGUAGAAUUUAAUCUUGUUGGUGAUGAUGGCCCAAAGCCUGUGGGAGGCAUUAUCGACAUUUCAUGCCAAAACAGCCUUGAAUUUCAAGAUCUUGCUCGUUUUGCUGUCGAUGAUUAUAAUCACAAACAUCGUAACAGUAAUUCUGCGUUGGAGUUUGUGAACGUUUUGGGCGUGAAGGAACAAAUAGUUGCUGGAAUAAUGUACUAUAUUACACUUGAAGCAACUGAUGGUGGAAAGAAGAAAAAAUAUGAAGCCAAGAUUUGGGUGAAGGAAUGGGAGAAAUUCAAGGAAGUUCAACAAUUCAAGCAGCUUAUUGGUGAUGAAUGAAUCUACUCUUAUGUUGGUGAGAAAUGAAGUUACUAUUAUGUUGGUGAGAAAUAAAUCUAGUUUAUUUAUCUGGAUUGUAUUAUUUGAAUGUUGUGUGGCAUGAAGUUAGUAUUAUGUUUGUGAGAAAUAAUGACAGAUUUAUUAAUCUGGAUGUAUUUGUAUGUUGUGUUGUAAGCGUAUAUCAAUAAAUUUAAAGUUUUUGCGUUUGAC